CCAAUCGGAGAACACCAGAGCCAGUUGGUUUCUAGGUAACGAAUGUAAUCGUUGGGAAAAGGAGGCGCAACGGCUGCUCUCCGAUUUUCAGCUAAACUCGAUGUUACAUUUAAUUUGAACGGCACACAAAAGUCAGUAAGUUUUUGAUUUUAGGGAUUUUAGGUCAGUUACAAAUUGAGUACUUACACUGAAAUUAUACAGGAAAAAACCCUCAGCGGCUGAUGGGGAGGGCUCAGCUGUUUUUUGCAAAGAUCUAUGGAACAACAGGUCAACCUCAAAGACAUGGCUUUUUGCAGCAGAUGAAAACAUGAGCACAUACACAAGAAGAAGAAUUGGCCCUCAAGGGCAGGACAACAUUGCAGGACAAAGACAAGGCAAUGUCUAUACUCAAGCACAACAUGGUGUUGUACCUGGUUGGAGAGCAGAUGGAGUAGAUCCCCCAUUUCCAAACAAGCCUGUUAGCCACAGACGACCUCUCAACCCCAGGACACAAGACUCACUUGAUCUGUAUGAUUUUGAAAAAAUCACUAUUACAAAACAACCAAGAGGCUCUUUCUUGCCCCGUGAACAUCAUUUAAAUGGCAUUAGAGAAACCUCUGGACCCCAGCAUCAAAGAAAAGACUCACACAGACUGCCCUGUGGAGAACUACAGAUGGCCAGAGCAAUUCAUGCAAAAGAGCUCAUUCUACAGGAGAAGCUGUGGAAAGUUGAGGAAAAAAUAAGACAAAAGAUCCAGAGGGAUAGUGUUGAAGCUGCUGCAGGUAACGAUGAGAUGAAGAGUGAGGAGGGGAGACACGACAAGGGACGAGGAGAGACGAGAAAAGCUCAGACAAAAACUAGGCUUUCUGAGCAGCCCAGGAGAGAAGCAGUGAGAAGCACAGAAAUGUCAAUGCAGGAAGGAAGACCAGAGGAUGUUAAACAGCUUAGGAGGAAUCAAAAUCAGAGGAAUGAGGACAGAAUGAAGUAUACACAUGAAGAAGAGGGGGGUGGAUGGAAAAGAAGGGAAAUAAAAGUUGCAGAGUGCACCCAGUCAAAAAGAAAAGGAAAUAAAGGAACUCAUAACAUCACAGUAAAUAAGCAGAAAGUGAGUGGAGAGCCGAACAAAUCAAGAUGGGGGAGUGUGAAAGAGCAUGCCAGAAAAACAGGGGAUGAAAAAGAUCAUCACAUUUGGGGAGAAGCAGGUAUGAGGCCACAGGAUGGAAUAGAGAAAGCAAAAGAAAGGGAACAAAAUAAUACAUCUACAGGCAAUAGAGGUGGGACAAGAGAAAAGAAAUAUAGGGAAAGAACAUGGAAGGACUUGCACUGUUCAUAUGAUGAACAAGACAUGCCUCAAAUAAGUCAACAGAAAACUGCUCAUAGACUGCCAAAAGAAAACCACAGAGGUGCAGAACGUAAAAUAUCUGUGGAAUCAUCUCUCCCACCAGUUUCUAUCCCCUCUCAUUCCAGCAGACUACAGAAGGGGGAGCUGGGACUCAUGGAUAGCACAGACGCCAGCUUCCAGCUUCUUCCUUGCAGAAUCUGCAACAGAAAGUUUGCAAGUGAAAGGUUAGAAAGGCAUGUCCAAAUCUGCAAAAAGGUGAACCAAUCACAUCGUCAAGUCUUCAACUCCUAUGUUAAUAGGACCAAAGGAUCUGCCAUAGAGGAGUUCUGGAAAACCCACAGCAGAAGCAAGACUCCAGAGACUUUACAGAAAAAGAACCAAAGACAGAACCACAAGGCAAAAACAAAGAAUGUGCAGCGAGUGCAGCAGGGGCGACUCCCAGCUGGAAUCUCACAGCCAAAACGGUCCAAGUGAGCCAACCCGAAUGUACCCAGAUGCUUUGGCC